UACAUGUCCCAGUCAUUUCCAUAAUUCAUCAUAAAUUGUGCAAGGGUGCUAUAGACGCACAAACGACCGCGAGCCACAAAUCAAGCACACAUAUCAAAAAACAAAUGAGCUCUUAUUUUGUAAACUCAUUUUGCGGUCGCUAUCCAAAUGGCCCGGACUACCAGUUGCAUAAUUAUGGAGAUCAUAGUUCCGUGAGCGAGCAAUUCAGGGACUCGGCGAGCAUGCACUCCGGCAGGUACGGCUACGGCUACAAUGGCAUGGAUCUCAGCGUCGGCCGCUCGGGCUCCGGCCACUUUGGCUCCGGGGAGCGCGCCCGCAGCUAUGCGGCCGGCGCCAGCACGGCGCCCGCCGAGCCCAGGUACAGCCAGCCGGCCACGUCCACGCACUCGCCUCCGCCCGACCCGCUGCCCUGCUCCGCCGUGGCCCCCUCGCCCGGCAGCGACAGCCACCACGGCGGGAAAAACUCCCUGGGCAACUCCAGCGGCGCCUCGGCCAACGCCGGCAGCACCCACAUCAGCAGCAGAGAGGGAGUUGGCACGGCGUCCGGAGCCGAGGAGGACGCCCCCGCCAGCAGCGAGCAGGCGAGCGCACAGAGCGAGCCGAGCCCGGCGCCGCCCGCCCAACCCCAGAUCUACCCCUGGAUGCGCAAGCUGCACAUAAGUCAUGACAACAUAGGCGGCCCGGAAGGCAAAAGGGCCCGGACGGCCUACACGCGCUACCAGACCCUGGAGCUGGAGAAGGAGUUCCACUUCAACCGCUACCUGACCCGCCGAAGAAGGAUUGAAAUAGCACAUGCUCUUUGCCUCUCUGAGAGACAAAUUAAAAUCUGGUUCCAAAACAGGAGAAUGAAGUGGAAAAAAGAUAAUAAGCUGAAAAGCAUGAGCAUGGCGGCGGCGGGAGGGGCCUUCCGCCCCUGA